AUGACGCCCUCGCCCUCUGAUCCACCUCGCAAACCCGGCCAUGCUUCCGUACCCCCUCCAGCGCCCAGCCCAGAGGCGGGCAACGACUCGGAAGCGCGCACGCGGGAGCUGCUCGGAAAGCGCAACCUAGCAGCCAGCACACGAGGUAUAGAUUCGCCGCAGCACCUGUCCACCUCGGCAGCAGCCCAGUCUUCCGUCACCACAUCGCCCUUUGCUCCUGCAGUCUCUCCCAUUCACGCCCCAGCAGCAGCUGCAUCAUCCUCCUCCUCGCCCGGCGCUACCAUCACCGCGGAUAGGCAGGACAAGGCGGCAGAAUCUGCUUGGCAGCACAAGAUGGAGACGACGGGAGGUCAGAACCUCAACGUGGUGCAGACCUACAAGGCUCACUUUCGCGAAGAUCCUUGGACUUGGUUUGGUCAAAUGUAUCAGUACGGGCAGGGAACGGGUUGGAGAGCUUGUGCGUGUGUCCAUGCGUGCCGACGCCUUCGAUGCUCUCGCUUGCGAUGUGCAUGCUCACACAGCCGUGCGCUCGCUCCUCUUGCCCCCAUCCACGCAGACACCGACUAUAUUGGCUCGCCGAUUCUUUACCCGACGCAGUCGACGGAAGUCGUUCAGGUGAGAUGCGGUGCGGCGUGGCGUGACGGAACUCGGUGAGACUGAAUGCAGAUCACCGCUCGCGCUCGCCCAUCGUGCACUGCUCUCAGAGUCUAGCGCAGUCAAAGCAAGGUGAGCAGCUGUGCCGGCCUUUGCGCACGUAUCGACCGAACUCACACUCUCGCUCUUCGCGUGGGCCGCAGUGCAAGAGCGCAUACAUGCGCUCGCCUCGAGCAGAGUCGAGUCGUUGUUUGCUACCGUUCCUCCUCCCAAGACGGAAGAGGCCCGCAAGGAGCUGCAGCGCUUCAAGGAGAAGCGGAGGCUGGAACUGGAACGCAACCUGACCGACGUCGCUCGUGGACUCGCCGAAACCAAUGUCGCCCGGCUCGACAGGUGGGUCUGAGCGGCGGGCAGGGCAGGGCAGCGCGCUCGCUCGCUCGCUCGCUCGCUCGCUCCUGACCAACACAAACCUUUUACACGUCCAUAGUAUCAAGUUUCUGCGCGGCUUUGCAUGGUCCGUAGAGUCCAUCUUGGCUCGGCUGUACCAUCAAGGUGAGCGCUGCGCUGCGCUGCACCCACAGCGCGCGGCUCGUUGACUGACUCGGCAGAGCGACGGUAAAUACAUGAAUCCAAUCCAUCGUCGCAACUCCCGCAGGUAUCCACAUCUCCGUCGCUCAGGUGCUUGAGCUCCGCCGUGUUGCAUCUUACUGCGCGGAGCGCAAAAUUAGUCUGCUCUUUGCACCUUCUCAUUCCUCGCAUAUAGGUGGGUCGUUCCGUGCUACCGCGCCGCAGGAUCCUGUGUUGACCCUGUCACCCUCAAGACUACCUGACCCUCUCAUGGCUCAUGUUCCGACUUGGAAUCGCUGUCCCGCACAUUGUGGCUGGAGAGAAUCUGGAUCUGCCGGUGCUCGGCAAUGUCCUCAAGCGCGGAGGAGCCUUUUUCAUUCGCCGCACCUUUGCUGGCGAUCAGCUCUACCCUGUGCGUAGACGAGAGAUGAUGUGGGGCCUUUUACACGGACGACUGAUCUUGCAUCGCUGCUUGCGCUCGCCCUCCACUUAGAUCGUGAUCAAGGAGUACGUGGAGCAGCUGUUGGCAUCCGGAAAGAACAUCGAGUGCUUCAUCGAGGGAACGAGGAGUCGAACCGGUAAACGGUGAGCCGCGCGCCAUGGCACAAAUGUCCGCAUGGCGUUUGGCUGACGCUUGCCGCGCCCACUAGACUACCACCAAAGCUCGGCAUCCUCAAAUACGUCGUCGAAGCCCUGCUGAAUGAGCGCACGGAAGACGUCUUCAUCGCGCCAGUCAGCGUCCAGUACGACAGUGUCAUUGAAAGCUCGACGUACGCGGAUGAGCUUCUAGGCAAGCCAAAAGAAGCAGAGUCGCUAUUUGGUUUAUUGGGCUCUUCUAGCUCCGUGUUGCAGCUCAAGUUGGGGCGCAUCGAUGUGCGCUUCCAAACCCCGUGGUCGCUCAAGGGCUUUAUCAACGAGCAAAAGUUGCGACGCGAAGCACCCACCCCUGAUCACAAGUCCAAGAUGGAGCUGGAUCUGUUCAACAAUGAUGAGCACAAGAUUCUGCUUCUCAAGGCGCUUGGGUAUAGGAUCUUGAACGAUGUCAACAAUGCCAGCAUCAUCAUGCCAGCUGCGCUCUGCGGUACCAUUCUCUUGAUUCUUCGAGGGCGCGGCAUCGGUAGGAGCGAUCUCAUCAAGCGCGUUGAAUGGCUGGCGGGCAUCAUCCGAGGCAAGGGCUACCAGGUAGCAGACUUGUGCGUUGUGUUGGGGGGGGGACAGACCCGCGAUCACACGCAAGGCUGACGAGUUUCCUGUUUUGGCAUUCACAGCGGCAGCCUCUCGACGGCAGAAGUCGUCGAUCGCGCCAUCACUGGUGUCAUGAAGGGACUCGUGGAAAUCGAGACGGACGUGAUGGAGCCGACGUACGUGCCAGUCAAGCGCUUUGAGCUUUCCUUCUUUCGCAAUCAGGUGAGCAGCAGCGCGCGCCCGCCGGCAUACACGUUGAUUCCUCGCUGAGCACCUUGCCUCCUCAGGUCAUGCACGUGUUUGUUUCCGAGGCGCUCCUGUGCUCCGCGCUCUACACCCGUGUCAAGCAAGGAGGAGAGACGCCGAACCAAUUCAUGAAGAGGGAAGCGCUGGUAGCCGAAGCGGGGUUCAUCUCACACGUACUGCGGGAAGAAUUCGUCUUCAACUCCGCAGACAAGCUCGAGAACAAUGUGCGGGCAACGGUCGACCAGCUUGUCACCGACGAUGUGCUCGCGUUUGAUGACCAGAACCGCGUAGGCUUGAGCACACGCGAGAGACGCGUCGGACGAAGCAAUUUUGAUAGUUAUCGUGAGUUGCGGGGGGCGGGGCUUUGCGCGCCAGCUGUAUCUCCCCCCUCUUCUCACUCUUUCGAAACGCAACGCACCCAGUGUUUCUCGUCUUUCCUCUCAUCGAAGCCUACUGGCUCUCUGCAUGCUCCCUGCUGCUGCUCGCCCCGCCGCCUCCAAAGGGCCAGGCGCCCGGGUCGGUCCAGUCUUGGUUCGCGGCCAAGGAGUUUGAGAAGCGUGCACAGGUGAGCAGCGCGCGUGUGCGCGUGCGCGUUUGUUGUUCCUUUCUGAUCCCCCUCUCUUAACAGUUGUUCGGCAAGACGCUGUAUGCAGGAGGCGAAAUUUCCUACCUCGAGGUGAGCGCAAGGGCACACUGCCUGGUCCUGAAGCCUAGCUCACGCGUCGCAUCUUCCAGGCCAUCAAUCUGGCUACGCUGUCAGCAGCCAUGGUGCGCUUCCAAGAGCUGGGAUUCAUCGUCAGACGCAAGUCGGACGGACCGAAGCCGGUGCCUCUGGUCGCUCUCAACCCAGCGUACGUGCCGACGUACAAUGCGGAGGGCCGCGUGACCAAUACAGGCCCGCUGGUCAGUUUCCUGGAGCGAUUGAGCGCGUUUAGACGUGAAGGCAAGGACAGAAGAGACGAAGGCAGCGUCAUCUCUGAACGCAUUGGCAACGUUGUCAGGGCCAACUUUGCUCCUGUAGUCGAGUUGACGCGCCUGGGCGAAAGCCGCAUCUGA